AUCUUUCCUCUGGACUUCUAUACAGCAUCAUUCAGAGGGGUGAAGGGUCCAGAGGAUAUUAGAGCUAACAGGAAAUUGUGUUUCCUCAUCUGUAACUGGCAGGUUGCAACCUGUUUCCUUUUUAUCCUUAAUGAUAACUGGCAUGCAAAUCUACAGCAGUCUCAGGGUGAAAACAAGCUGCUAUGAGUAACAUGUGCAUAACAGAUCUAAAGCAACAUACAAAGAUAUUUGCUUAACUCCAAGGAUGAAGUUCUUCAUGCUAGCAGCAAUGCUUCUAUAUAUUGAUGGUUGCAGCACAAGAGGAGAUUCAAUAGAUGUUACUGAGGUACAAUGGGUAGAACCAGUGGAUGAAAAUGUAAAGAAACUUCUUUCUGAGAUUAGUGCUGAUAUACCCAGUACGACAACCCAAAGCAGUGACACUAUACAAACGACUCAGUUUGGAGACGAAAUCACAACCCAACAGAGUCCAACGACAGCUUCUCUUGUGUUACCAACUGCAAGAAGGAAAGAGUUCAGAAUCUUUUCAAAAAUUAUAAGAAUGCCAACAAAAUCGCCAUCACCCACAGUGGCUGUAAAGGAAGACACUAGCAAGUCCAGCAAUGAACGAAUCGGAACAACAAGAUCAGCACCAGCACAAACGGCGGAUGUUCAGCAGGGACCGAACCGUUCUCCCAGACAGAACUACAAUAAGAACAACCAGAAGCCCAGCUUUGAAACAGCUCGUGGAAAAAAUUGGUGUGCCUACGUCCAUACAAGACUCUUACCGACUGUUGCAAUGGAUAAUGUGGAAACAUAUGUGUCUAGUGGAGCAAAUCCAUGUGGCUGGAAUACUGGAGCCUGUUCAAUGAGGAGUCGAGUGAUCUCACAGCCGGUUUACAGAAUGAAGCAUAAAAUAGUGACGUCUUUGGAAUGGAAAUGUUGCCCAGGAUACAGUGGAGAACAAUGUAAAACCACAGCUCAAAAGGUUCAGGUACAAAUACACGGAAGCCAAGCUGAGAGCAAUGUUGCUGGUAAUACAGUGGAUUCCGGAGAGAAGAAAACACCAACGUUUGAUGAAGGAUUGCAGCAAAAACUGACUGAACAGAUUUAUAACCAAGAGAUUAAGCUAAAUCUUCUGAAUCGGAAUGUGGAAAACAUCUCAUCAAGCCUCCACGAUGUACACAGAACAUUAUAUUCUCUGGAAGGUAAAAUCAAUGAUGCGGACAAAGGGAAAAAUCUGCAGUCCUUCCUAAAAGAUCUGAAGACUAAAAGUAUUACAGAACUAAUCAAAGAUAUUGUUAAGGAUCAGUUCACUGUACUCCAGACAUCCACGAAAGAAACUGUUGCACAGCUCUAUAAAAGUAUAUCUGAAAUGUCUCUUGAAGUGGAAAGAACUAAGGAAUUUGUCAAAAUUUUAAAUGACACAAUAACUUCUACCCAUGAAAAGUGUGUUCUAGAAGAAGAGAGUAAGGCAACAAUGGAUGAUGUAUUAGAGCUGAAAAACCGAGUGGAGCAUCUGAAAAAAACAGCUUUUGUUUGCACUACCUCUUUUAAUAAGAUGGAAGAAAAACAUACAGCUCUAGAAAAGGAGUUAGAGCAUGAAAAAUCCAGAAACAGAGACUAUUUUGAGUCUCUAAAUAGUACACUGAGUAAAAUAAAGGAGAUUCAUGGCCAGUUGUUGACAGAAGAACAUAAUGAGCAACAAAUAAUUUCAGCACCAAAUAAUCUCAUGGAUGAUAACCUAACUGAAUAUAUUCUUGUUCUGCAAGGUAGAUUCAAAAAACAGAAUAUCAUGAUGCUUCAGCUGUAUGAUGACAUCAAUUCACAAGACAGCAAAAUCAAUAACCUUACAAUAACACUGGAUCUUCAGAAACAAUCGAUUGAGAAAGCUUGUGAAGACAGAUUUUCAUCCUGCAAGAAUGAUUUUCAGAAGCAAUUAAAGGGAACUAAUGAGAACAUGUUUGUCUUAAACAAAACUGUGUGUGAUGUUGUCCUCCCUCUUGAUGAUAAGAUUGAGAAGAUGAAUGAGCAAAUAAGUGACUUGUGUUAUGACAUGGAAAUACUGCAACCUCUGAUAGAAAAGGGGGCUCCAUUUAGCAUGACGACCGAAUAUGAGCAUAGAAAUGAUAUAGGAGAAGUUACUGACCAGAUUAAGAAUAUCACAGAAUAUCUCAAUCGCUUAGGUACUAAAGUUCAGGAACUUACUAAAGGCCAGGAGGCACUUCACAGUGAAGCAGAAGAUAAUGAACAGAUGUUUGAAAGACGCAUUAAUGAGUGUUUUCUAGAAGUUGAAGAUGGUCUCAAUAACACCAUGGAUAUAUUAAACAAUGCUGUUGAUUCUAUUCACGAUAAUUUUGUGACAAAAUCAACCAUGUCUGACAUGGAAAAUGUAGUUCAGCUUUACAAUAAUGCUACAACUGAGAAGCUGGAGAGUGUAAUGUUGGCUAUUCCACUGCUGAACAAGACAUUGCAGACCUUGGCCCAUGGACCCAGAAGAAAACAGGAUGCUGAACAUAGUGUAGAUUAUGCUGAAGUUCCAAACAUAGACUUGUUUUCAAAUUUUCUUAAUCUUUCACAAAGAGUAAAUGAUAUGCAGUCCAAGCUAGAGCAAUAUCAGCUAAACAUGACCCAGAUGGAGGAAAAACUGCAACUUUCUGAGAUGAGUGCAAAGAACUGCCUAUCUCAUGUGCAAAGUUUAGAAUCCCAGGUAAAUGUGUUGCUGGCUAAUCAAACCACUGCUCUCAGUUCAAGAAAGGAAGAAGCUGUUCCAAAAGAAAAGCUCCAACAGGAAGUAUAUUCCAGAAUUAAAGCACUUGAGUUUAAAUCAGUACGAUUUUCAACAAGCAUACCACAACUGAACAAAACCGCUAAUGAUGCAAAAGUCUUGUGUCAAACUGUUUUUAUCACUGUUAAAAAAGUCAAUGAAAGUGUACCACAAUUAAUUAAAGCAAUUCAACCAAACAUUACAAGCUUACAAAGGGGUUUUGAGGAGCUAAUUACUUCACUAGUGGAAAUUAAAGUGGCAACAAUUAUGUCCAAUGUAACUUCCUACAUAGAUAAAUCUCUAUCUGAAGCAACAAAUAACAUUGCCAAACUUCAGAAACAAAUGAAGCCUCUUGUGAAGAAAACUGCUGCACCCAAAAAGGUCUCCGCUAAUCCUACUGCGACUGCUAUUGGCCGUAGUCAGAGAAAUACAGACAUUGUGCAUGAAGAUGAAUAUUCUAGUUGCAGAAGCUCUCCCUGUUUUAAUGGUGGAACAUGUAUUAAUGAUAUGAAGGGCUUUGUGUGUGCAUGCCGUCAUCCAUUUGCGGGAGUGAAUUGUAGCCUAAAGAUGUCGGAUGAAAAUAGCCAGUCUCUGGAUUUCUCCAAGGGAUCUUACCGCUAUGCACCAAUGGUGGCUUUUUCAGUCUCUCACACAUAUGGGAUGACAAGUCCUGGACCAAUAAGAUUCAACAAUCUAUAUGUAAAUUAUGGCUCUUCAUAUGCACCCUCCACUGGAAAGUUUCAUGUGCCGUAUCUUGGAGUGUAUAUCUUUAAAUUUACUAUAGAAUCAUAUAGUCAUCGAAUCUCUGGCUAUUUUGUGGUUGAUGGAGUUGAUAAAUUUGCAUUUCAGUCUGAAAAUAUUAACAGCAGCAUGUACAGUGAUAGGAUGGUGACUGGCGAUGCCUUGUUAGAGUUAAACUAUGGGCAAGAAGUCUGGCUCAGAUUAACAGCAGGCACCAUUCCAGCACAGUACCCACCUGUCACAACUUUUAGUGGCUACUUAUUGUACCGCACAUAAGGUUUAUUUUCUAACAUCUACACAGUUAAUCUUUUUGCUUAAAAUGCUAAAAUCAAAAUGAUUUUGACAUCUUCAUUGUAUGCAUUAUAAAUGUAUAUAUGUAUACUGUGAUUACGAUGGAACUUUUAGGGCUCCAGCGCAAAACAUUCCACUGUGCACCCUCAAUUUUAUGUAUAACAGCACAGAGUAGGAGAAACAGAACAUCUCAGUUCCUCAGAGGGAUCGUAUGAAGGAAAGUCCUCUCUGACAUAGACAAACAGCAGGUCCUCUGAGUCAUAAAUCAGUUCAUAUGUUCCGUGCCCCUAUGAGACCAGAAGAGGGUAUACGCCUGAGACAAAAAGAAAAAGGAGAGAUUACUUAUGAAUGCUGCAGUAAUUGAAAUAGUAUAUUAAAAAAUAACUUUUAUUGCUAUGGUUUUAAAUAAUUGCAAUUAGCGUGGAGAAUUGUGUAUAACACUAGGAAAGUGAGGUGAAUUAUUAUAAUAUAAUAACUACAUAUUCAGUGCCCAGGGGGUAAAUGCCACACAGAUUUUCUGCCAUUUUUGCUAUGGGAUUUAAAUUGGUGAUUUAUUUAUGUUUUUAUGUUUGUCUCUGAGACAUUCCAGCUAAUUGUCUACAGCAGUGGUUCUCAAACUCGGUCCUCGGACCCCACACGGUUCACGUUUUCCAUGUCACCCAGCAGGUGCACUGUGUAUCGCCAACUGUCACAUUUUAAAAAUCUACAGGUGACCUGCAAAACAUGAACCGUGUGGGGUCCUGAGGACAGAGUUUGAGAACCUGUGGUCUACCUUAUUCCUGUGCAGUGUCAUAAUGUCAUAAUAAAGUAUGUGUGUUCUUAAUGUAGCAAAAUAAGUAAAAUAAUACUUCUUGUCAA